ACGCAUGCGCUCUGAGUAACAUAUAUCUAAUAUGGCAGCAGAAAGGCGUACUGCUACUUAGCUAACUUACUUGGGUAAAGUGAAACGAACAAACAUAAAGUAUAUAUAUUUUAAAUUGACCGCUGAUGUCUUUCUAACAGUUCUGUUAUUGAAUUAGUUAAAAAUGGGGGAUAGGGAGAAGGAUAAAGGUUCUAGUUUGUUAAAUCGCUUUGCAUCUAAGAAGCCCAAGCCACCAAAACUAGCCAAGAAACCUCCAAAUGGACCACCAGGUCCAAAAUCAACACAUCAAGAAGUCAAUGCACCUAUCAAUGAAGAGUUGGAGGCUGAAAUAAAGGGUUUGAAAUCACUGAGACCUGAAGAAUUUGAUAAAAAGUUUGAAAAGAUGCUGGAUGAAAUGAAUUUGACAGAAAAUCUUCGAAAGCCUAUCCGCACAAGAGAGAUGGCUAUAAAAGUUGAUAUGUUGUCACAGUUUAUGAGAAGACAGAAUACUAAGGUAUCAUCUGGACCUGAAUCACCAGGCGAUUAUAAAUCUCAACUGACAAAAAAUGAUUUUGAUCAUGGGGAAUUGCUCCAAUUACUGCAGUCUUUGCGUGUUAACCUUACUGGUCGACCAAUUAGUUGGAUUCGUGAAUUCGGUUCAGAAGGAUUAGAAUGCAUACUAAAUCAUCUUCGAAGUUAUAUUUGCAGUUCUUCAUCGUACGACCAAAAAAUACAACAUGAGUGUGUCAAAUCAUUAAAAGCAUUUAUGAACAAUAAAUUUGGUCUAACACUUAUGCUAAAAAAUAUUCAAGGUCUAACUUUGUUAGCACAAAGUAUACGAGCAGACAAUCCAGGCAUGAUGCAGGAUGUUGUUAAAAUAAUGGCUGCUGUGUGUUUGGUUGAUCAUGAUAAAGCUUUAGAAGCAAUGACUAUGAAAGGUGAAGCUGAGAAUAAAACACGAUUUUAUGCUGUUAUUACGGCAUUGAAAGGUGACAAUUAUCCUGCAACCUUAAAAGUAGCUUGUCUUCAGAUGAUAAAUGCUCUAGUUGCUACCCCAGAUGAUUUAGAUUUUCGUCUCCAUUUGCGGAAUGAAAUUAUUCGAGAAGGUUUUGCGGAGGCUCUUCCUGGUCUGCGUGAGAUGGACCAAGAAGAUUUAAAUGUACAGUUAGAUAUUUUUGAUGAACAUAAGGAUGAUGAUGCUGUUGAGUUUCAACACCGCUUUAAUGAUAUCACGGUUCACAUGGAUGAUCUACUAGAAAUUUUUACAGUUUUAAAAAAUGUCAUACAAGACACCACUGCAGAACCUUGUUUUUUAUCUAUAUUACAACACUUGCUGUUAAUACGCGAUGAUGUAUUUGCACGGCCACAAUAUUUUAAGUUAAUUGAGGAAUGUGUGUCACAGAUUGUCUUGCAAAAAAGUGGUGUGGAUCCAGAUUUUGGAGCUAGAAAAUUGCAAAUUGAUGUGGAAAACUUAAUUGAAAACCAAGUGGAAAGUGCAAAAGUUGAAGAAUUUGCAAAAAAAGUAAAAGCUGUUGAAGAUAAGUUAAAAGAAGAGACAACAAAACGAUCAGAAAUUGAAGCAAAGUUUUCACUGGCGGAAACUGAACACCUAUCAAAAGUGAAAGGUCUCGAAGAUAUCAUUGCACAGUUAAAAGCUGGUGGAGCUACUCCAGCUGCAGCUGUUCCAGGACCACCGCCCCCUCCUCCACCCCCCUGUCCUGGAUCCCUACCACCUGGUGGGGCACCCCCACCUCCACCUCCACCUCCUGGCUUUAGUGUCCCACCUCCACCUCCGCCACUGCCUGGUGCUCCUCCUCCGCCUGGUGCUCCUCCUCCGCCUGGUGCUCCUCCUCCGCCUGGUGCUCCACCUCCACCUGGUGCUCCACCUCCACCCGGAGGCCCUCCACCUCCACCUGGAAUGGCAUUUAUGGGUCCAAAGUUGCCACCUGGUUUAUCUGCAAAAAAGAAAUAUACCCAAACUAAACAAACAAAAAGAUUAAAUUGGAGCACUAUUCACCCUACAAAGAUAAAGGAGAACACAUUUUGGACAAAAGUUAAAGAAGAAGCUCUUGGCACAGACGAUUAUUUGAAUUUGAUCUCAGAAACAUUUGCAUCUAAACCUGCUAAAAGAAUGGGAGAUAAUGCUGCUGUGACUGGUGUGCCUGAAAAACCAAAAAAAGGCACGGACCUCAAAGUCUUAGAUGGAAAAAGUGCUCAAAACUUGUCUAUAUUAGUAGGAUCUUUCAAAUUGUCGUAUGAACAGAUCAAGAAGAAGAUAUAUCAAGUUGACGACGAAGUUAUUACAGGAAAUGCUUUAGAAAAUCUUCUUAAAUUUUUGCCAACUCAAGAGCAGAUGAACCAGUUAAAAAACUUUCAGAAUGAAUAUGAUGACUUAAAUGAAGCAGAAAAAUUUGCUCUUCAGCUGAGUGGUGUGCAUCGACUAGAGCAGCGUUUAAACUGUAUGAAGGCAAAAUUAGAUUUUGAAGAAGAAUUAAUAAGUGUAAAGCCUGAUAUCGCUAACGCAACAGAGGCAUGUAAAGAACUACGACGGAGUACAAAGUGGGCGAAAUUUUUAGAGUUACUACUUUUAACUGGUAACUACAUGAACGCUGGUACAAAAAAUUCUCAAGCUUUUGGAUUUGACAUCUCACUGCUUUCCAAGGUUGGUAAUACGAAGUCUGUAGAUGGAAAGAUGACCUUUACGCAUUUUUUAGCUGAGAUGGUAGAAACAAAGUUUUCAGGAAUUGAUGGUUUCGAAAAUGAACUUUCUCAUGCUGCAGAAGCUUGUAGAGUUUCUGACGACAUGACAUUAAAAGCUGUCAAUAGUUUAAAUGCUAAUUUAAACAGAAUCCGAAACGAGUUAAAACACCACAACACUCAAGCCAAUCCAGAUGACAAGUUUGGUGAUAAAAUGUCUGACUUUUUAGCAGGGGCCGGUGAGACAUUUCAAAUAGUCCAAGAAAUGCACAAAAAGAUGACCAGCUUGUUCUCUGAAAUUGUCGAGUACUUUUGCUUAGAUCCAAAGAAGUCAUCUCUGGAAGAAACAUUUGGAAUUAUACAUAUGUUCUUACAAGAAUACACGAAUGCGAAAAAAGACAAUGUAAAACGAAGAGAAAAAGAAGAAAAGGAGCGCAAAGCUAAGGAAAAAGCAGAGUCAGACCGUAAAAAAAAAGAAGCCACGAAGCAGCAGAAAAAUAGACAGAUUGCCCUGGAUGCAUCUGAGGACGAUACUGGCGUGUUAGAUGGUUUAAUGGCUGCUUUACAAACUGGCUCUGCCUUUAGAGAUCCGUCUCGACCUCAAAGAAGGAGACAGCCUAGAAAACCACGUGCUGGACAGUCUGAUCUUGAAAGAAAGAGUACUCGUGUGAACAUUGUUCCUAUAAAAAUGUUGCAACCUGGACAGAAAUUAUCGGAUAAAAUGAACGAAAAAGAAGUUAAUGAAGUUUGAGAGAAAUCACAGCAGCAUUCAUAAUAUUGCUAAAGUAAUCUACUUUUACUGUACCUACUGAGCUGACUACGCUUUUUUAACAAAUAUCUGUUAGUAAGUUAUGCUCCCUUAACAAUUUUCGCGCAUUCACUACUAUUCAUAGGUAAAAUUUUUAAUUUCUUUUAUUAUGAUUCGUUAUUGUGUAACAUGAUAUAACCGCAACUUAAUUCAUUGAAUUUUAAUUAAUUUAUGGUUUUUUGUAUGUAGAACUCGCUCCUUAGCAUUUUAAACAUUGUUAGUCCAGUCUUACAAUAAGUCCUUCGCUAAAUUAGUCUUGACGGUUAUAUACUUAGUUUGGCCCCGCAAAAAUUUUGAGAACAAAAAAGUAAGUUAAUUCUCGCGAGCUUUUACCUUUAUGGGAUAAAGAGAUCCCUUAAUCGUUAACCACCUCUUUACAAAAUCAAACAAUAAUAAUCAAAUAGAUAUUUGUUUAAAAGUGAUUUGAUUCCUGAUUUUUUUGACUCACGAAGGUUUCUUCCUGGGAGUUAUUAGGUGUCAGAAAUAUGUUGUCAACGAACUAUAAUAAAAAAUCAAUUUACCUUUGAAAUUUUUGAAGUGAGCUUCCGUUUUUGCGCCGUAUUUUAUUUUCAAUGUGCUUGAACAUUGUAUCUAUUUUUAUGCAGAUGAGUUUUUUGAAAGAAAGUUUCAACAAAUUGUAAAAA